CGUGGGUGCUCGCGGCGCGGGCGCUGAUCGUCGGCACCACGGCGAGGCGGUGGUGGCUCGCCAGUGCUGCCUUGCUCUCGUACAUCGGGGACUGGGGGGUCCUCGACUCUGUCCUUUCGAAGCCGCUCGUGGAGCCCGAGGACGACGCGUCCCUGAGGUACACGAGAGAGUCCGAGCGGCUCAGCUUCUACGACUAUAUACGGUUGCAUAUGUCCAGCGUGACGCGAUGGAGCCGCUUCUAUCGGACGACUGGCCCUCAGCGGGGGCAGGUGGUCCUCCUGGCGAUGCGAAUGUACCCCAAGAAGAAGAACGACACGAGGUGGAUCUACGUGAAGCCGGACCGCGCGCUCGGCGUGGGCGACAUCAAGGAUCGGGCGAAGAUGUCAAGUCGUCGACAGCCAGGCUGGGACUACGAGGCGUUCCCGACCCUCACGGCCCCCGAGAAGGCGGACAUCCUGGAGAAGGCCAAGGAGAAGCAGCUCGAGGCCGAGCUGUAUCUGUCCAACAUCCGCGGCUACGUUGCCUCGCUGUCCUGGUUUCGCUCUGGUCUGGUUGGCGUAUGGAGCACGUGGAACUGGGGGUCGACGGCGGGCGCCGCCUUCUUUUUCUGGAGGGUGGCGGUCUACUGCAACCUGUGGCAGUGGAUGCGCUGGUCCGUGGAGAAGCUCGAGGACGGCCACAACAUGAUACUCGAGAUCGACGAUUUCCGAGGAUAUCUGCACGACCUCUACCAGGACGGCAAGCUCGAGAUUCCCAUCAUGAUCUUCACCGCGGUGGUGGCUCUUGGGCCAAACCUCCUGCGACGCUGCAGGCAGCGCCCCUCCCCUCUGCUCGCGGGGGCCUCGCCUCCAGUGAGCGACGUGGACAGCGACGGGGAGGCGGGCCACUCGGUGGCGGGGUCGCCGGACGAGUCCGAGCCCGCCAAGGACAUGCAGGAGAUGAAGGCCAUGAUGAGCAACCUGCUCGACGAGAUCACCAAAUCAAGGUCGGGGUCGCCACGCGCCCCCACGAGUCGGAGUGCCUCAUCGGCCGCGUCCCCUGGAGAGAGCAGUCACGCCAGCUGGGAGAGAGUCCCCAGUGUCAACACGGACUCCAGCAUGGACAUGCACGUAGACAGGAUGAUCGACCGGCUGAAGCGUUUCGAGGACACGAUCAAUGCGGACAAGGCCUCUCCGGGAUGCAAGCCCUUGCAGGACGCCUCAUCCACGUCGGCCACGGCGGGGUCUACGACGUGCCCUACCAUCGACCUGGGGACGAAAGAGACGCUGGAGGGCGCGGGGGUGAGCCUCGAGCCCUUGCGGGAAGCACUCCGGGACCCCAGGGAGAGGUUGCUGGCCAACCUCUCGAAGAUCGAUGCGCCGCCCACAUUCACCCUCCCAGCGGGCCUCACCUCCCGCGUGGCCCCCGAGCUGUUGGUCCAGACCUACGGGAAGUACGGCAGCAUGGUGAAGUUCGCGACGGACUGGGUUCGCCUCAAGGAGCUGAAUCGCAACCACAUCGGCCACGAGAUGAUGCUGCACUGCAUGACGCUGGACCGGAUGCUGGAGGCCUCGCCCGAGUUCAUCCAGACGGCGGGCUGCGAGAUCCUAUGCGCACGAGCUUAUGCUCUGAAGCGGGCGUUCAAGGACGUGGCAUGCAUCAACGACUGGAAGCAGCCCCGGGGCAGCGGGGCCAACAAGUGGAAGUCCAAGGUGCGCUGGGACCUCGCGAACGAGCUGGACUGGAGAUCUCUCACGGAGGGCGCGGAGGCGCUCCCAGGCGUGGAGCGCGACUUGACGGCCAGGCUGCAGCAGAAGGCGCGCCUCCCGAAGCCGUUCCUCGAGACCGAGACCUUCUGCCGGUUACUGGAGGCGUGGCUAGCUAGGGGCAGCCAGGUGGCCGCGAUCAAGGAAGACGAGGACGCCGCCCUUCGGCGCGUCAUGGCCGGUCGGGCCUCGCCAUACUCAGGCGAUGGGGCUACGGCUGCCCUGGGAAAGGAUUCAAAGGGAAGGGAGAUGCUACCAAAGGGCGCGAUGUGCUCCGUCGACGUGGAGGAACUGGCUCUUCCGCCGCCAGGGACCAUCCCUGCCAAGCUCGUGGACAUCUGCCCGCUGGCUGCCGAGUACUUCUCCGACGUUGCGGGGAGGAUGCUACGCGAGCCCAGCAAGGCCAUGGACGAGGAGCUGAAGGGCCAGAAGGUCUACCGAGAUCCGUCUCUCCGCUCGAGGGCGUCGCGUCUCCGCCUAGCCGAGAGGCUUUGGGAUGCGGGGGUGCUCGGGACCACCGACGAGAUGGUCGAGGGGGUCUCGCUCUUUGGAGUCAUCAAGAAGUACCUGCAGGAGGAGGGGGACCCCCUCAGCCCCGCCAGGCGCCAGGUGCGCGCCAUCUGGGACCAGAGGCGGGCCAACCUCCGCUGGCAGAGGCCCCCGUACGUGCCCCUCGGCAGCCCCGCGACCUUCGCUCACGUGGACCUCUCCAACCUGGGCGAGAGGGACGUGGUCUACACUGGCGUGGGCGACAUCCCAGACAUGUUCUAUCGUUUGGAGACGCCGCCCGAUGUCUGGCCCUACUUUGUCUUGGAGGAGGUGCCAGUCCACGAGUUCGUCGAGUACAUGAGGACCAAAGGGCGGGACUGCGUCACCCUCGAUGGCGGGCCCUUCCUGGCGCUGAAGGACUCCGUCGGGGCUCGCCUGGUCUACGGGGCUCCGACGCCUCAACUGACCGGGCCCGAGGGGUUCGAGUCGGUGAACUGGGCAUACAUGGGCGACUACGGAGUCAUGGCCACGUCCGCCAGCGCGCAGCAGCCAGUGAGCGAGGUCGUGAGCGGACUGACGGCCCGAGUCAAGCACUACUUGAGGCAGGUCGGGCUCCCCGUCCACAAGGAGUCCGAGGGCGAGGGGCUCGAGUCGCUGGGGGCGGUCAUCCGAGGCCGACCCUACUCCGUCUCAGCAGAGACCGACCGCACCUGCGGCCUGGCUCUGGUGACGCUGCGGCUGGUAGAGCGGACGUACUGGACCGCGGAGCUCCUCGAGCGUGUCGUGGGGUUGUGGGCGUGGGCGGCCAUCUUCCAGCGCACGGGCCUUGCCAUCUUCGACCAGGUGUACCACGAGAUGAGACGCCCCGAGACCGCCAAGACGCCGUUCCGACUGACGGACGCGGCGAGGUGGGAGCUGACUACGAUGGCGUACUGCGCACCCCUCUUACGUACAGAUCUCGAAGCUCCGUGGCUCUCGCAGGUGUUCAUGACGGACUCCAGCGACACGGGCUACGGAGUGGCGGUCACCGACGCCUCGCUGGAGGAGAUCAGGAAGGACGCCCGUUACAGCGAGAUGAGGGGAUGGACGAUCGCCACCGAGGAUAUCUACACAGCCCAGGAGGAGGACGCCUGGGUCCCCCAUGCUGGGGGGUGUGCCUACGAUGUCGACGAGCUUAUCGAGGCCUCGACUGCACCGCCGCCGCGGGUAAGUCGGAGGGUCUACCGGGUGCUGUACCUCUUCGCGGGCAGGCGCCGGGAGGGGGAUCUAGAGGAGGCCAUCCACUCGCGGGCGGAGCUCGACGGCUACGAAGCCGAGGUCUGGUCCAUCGACGCGGUGAUCAACCCGAAGCACAACCUCACCAACGACGAGUUCGUCAGCCUGAUCCUGAGCCUGGCGCGCGACGGGUACUUCCACGCAGUGAUCGCCUCGCCCCCAUGCUCCACUUGGAGUCGGGCUCGCUUCCUGGGGAAGGGGCCCAGGCCCUUACGGACACGCCUCGAGCCUUGGGGGCGGAGCGACAUGUCAUUCACAGCCUUCGAGCGCCUCCGCCUGGACCUGGGGUCGCGCCUUUUGCUGUCGGCCAUGCAGGCGGUCCGCGAGGUGUGUCGAGCUGGAGGCCUGGGCUUGAUGGAGCACCCUGCGGACCCAGAGGAGGACCCAUACCCGUCAAUAUGGAACCUACCCGAGAUGGCAUGCCUCCUCGAGGAGACGGGCGGGAAGAUCAAUCGGAUCGACCAGUGCCGCUACGGAGCCCCAUCGAUGAAGCCGACCAUGAUUGGCAUUUUCGGGUUCUACGGCGACACACUGGACUUCGCCGCGGACCGUCUCCGCUUGAGGUGCAACCACCGAGGGAGGCAUCAGACAGAACUCAAGGGACGGGCGGAGCGAGGCCGUCCCGAUUUCUGCACCGCCUCCGCCCAGGCGUACCAGCCGCCGCUGUGCGCCGCGCUGGCGGAGGUGAUCAUCGAGGCUUUCGCCCGCAUGACGAGGGAGAUGAGUGGCCCUGAUCCAACGGGCUCGCGCGCGUCUCCAUCUACUUCGUCCUUCGGCCCGCCAAGGUCACGAUCUACGCGACCUGGGCCGCGCCUGUACGGGAUACGCUGGUGGGUAGCCGCCAUGGCAUUGGAGGCAGUCCACCCUGCUGGUGCGGUCUGCCCGAAGCCACCCAGGGCGGGAGACAUCCCCCUGCAGAAGCGAGGGCCACGUGCGUGGGAGAACUACGAGAAGGAGCCGCACCUGGGCAUCAGCGAGGGCGGCUUCACAAGGCUGCUCACCCACUCCGUGGCGGACGUCACCGCGGCGCAGUGGGCCCCGAAGGUUCGAGACUUUCUCAGCCACUGUGUCGACAAGGGUUGGGAGCUGCGGUCCGCGAACGCCGUGGACCACGCCCUGGCCGACUACAUGGACAUGAAGUGCUACAUGGACCGGCUCCGUCCUACAUGGGGGUCGAUUGUCUUGUUUGGGCUGCUGGCGAUUUGGCCUGAGCUGAGGAACCAGCUUCCCCUGGCCUUGCGAAGCCUGAAGAGCUGGCAGAGGCUGGUUAUCUUUGUGGAAGGGGGUCCUCUCCCUGAGGAAGCCGCCUUCGCCAUCGCCAUCUACUUCUUCGAGGCGGGGCUCCUGGAUGAAGCCAUCUGGACCCUGGUGCAGUACGACGUCUACGGGCGGGAGCAGGACAUGGAGGUGCUACGCGAGGCCGAUAUCAUCUGGGAUGGCCGAUGCGUGGGCCUCCUGUUUGGCAUCUCGGCCCGAGGCGAGGAGGGCAAGACGGGCGGCAACCAAGGGGUCGUCAUCCGCCGCGGCACGGUCGCGAGCCUCAUCCUGGCCCUGAAGGACGUCAAGAAGAAUGUCGCGGGGCCCAUCUUCGGCCCCAAGCAGGCAGGCUUCCGCAAAGAGUGGCACCGCGCAUGUCGCUCGCUGGGGAUGCCAUGGGCGCCGCCUCCGCACGGGCUCCGCCACUCGGGGCCCAGCGAGGACGUGGCCCGAGGACGGGCCAGCCUGGAGCAGGUGCGGAGGCGGGGCAGGUGGAAGGCAUUGUCCAGCGUCCAACGCUACUCUAAGACGUUCGCCCUCACGCAGUUCCGUGCAAAAAUGCCGAAGAAGGUGCUGGACGUGGGAUCCCGUGCGACCUCCGACCUGGCCGCCGAGAUACUCCGUGCGAUGGAGUCCCGCACCAACUACAGCAAGCAACAGCAGCAGCUGGUCGACGGCAUCAGGACGAAUCUGAAGACGAAGAAGGUGAAAGAUGUCGCCGCAGAGCUCCUGAUGCUGGGACUCACCACCGACAAGAGGUCCACCACCAACAAUAGGUCCACCACCAACAAGAGGUCCACCAAGGGUGACACAAGCUGCCCAGAGUCCGACGACCUCUACUCCGACGAGACGUGGGGAGAGGGCACUGGAUGGUGGACAGAGUGA